UUACUUAAUCGUGUCGUGACGUGACACUAACCAAAUCAGCGGAAAGUGUCACGGCAACCACAAAGGCCAGAAUCAACGCUUCUAGGCUGUUCUCGUGUUACUGGGCUCUAAAGGAAAGCGGAAAUCGCUCUUUGCAAAUACUGUCUUUAAUUUGGUGGAUCGGGCUUGCCCAGAACUCCAACCCACGCUUUUGUGUUUACUGUCCAAAAACAGCUGACUACAGAUUUUUCCUCGUUCGCUGGAUUUGUUAUAAAAAGAGAACAGUAUUGAACAAGUGAAUCAGUCCCGAAGCUUCACGAUUUGCCCUGGUGUAAAUUGUGUCUUUUGACGGUUAUAGGUAUUUUUUUAUAGAAAAGAGAGAAAGCAGUGUUUAAAAUGUCUCUACGAAAUCGUCUUCUGAAAAGACAAUCUUCUCUAGCCAUCCUGGUUGAGCAAGAAAGGGAAACUUGUGAAUCUACAAGUCGUCCGCCGUCUGAGAUCGAUCAGGGUACUGAAGACCUAGAUGACGCACGUGAGAUCGAAGAAAUUCCUGCACCAGGAGAAUCAAACAUAGAAGACGACGGAAUUUUACCAGAGGAUAAAGGCGACCUAGACGACGAAGGAGGUGAUACAGAUGUUCCAGUUUCCAGUGAGGACGAAAAUGAGCCACUUGCAGUUUCCCUUGCUUCACCUUUGAACAAGAAAACUUUUUCCGUGUAUGUCCGCGAAGGACAAGCACGUGCGGCUGAAGAAGACCCUCCUAUUCGCCUUUCCCGACGGUUAAUGUCAAUAAAGAGAAGAGGGAAAGCUCUGCCGAUGAUUGAUCUUACAGAAGAAUUUGAGUUUAAUGCAGGUGACUUUCUAACCGUUCGAGGCGAGGAUAAUGAUUUCUACGUCUGCCGUGUGCUAGAAGAUGUUCCUGAGAGCGCAUCGAGCUUCAGUGUGGCUUGGUUCAAUAGAGUGGAUGAUAAUGUGUACGAGGUUUCUUUUGAUGAUGUAUGUCACAUGGAUUCAGUUAUCACUCGUGUGGCAAUGUCAGAGUUUGAACCAGAAAGGUUUGCAAUCUCCAGACAGCACAUAAAACAAACCAGGAAACUCUUAAGAGAAGCUCUGGCUGCUGAACAUGGAGAUGAGGACAUACCUGAAGAAGAAUCUGCAAGUGAUGAGGAGGAGGCAGUUGAAGAGGAGGAAGGUGAACCUGAAGAGGAUGAACCUCCUGCAAAAAGAACUCGGCGUGGAUCCAAGGCUGCCUCUACCCCUACCCCUCAGAAGAAAGGGAGGAGAGGACAGAAAAAGACCACACCCACACCCAAAAAGAGUCCAGGUCAGAAAAGGAAAUCAGUUCAGUCUAAACCAAAGAAGGAAAAGAAGAAGAAGGAAGUUGCAGAGAAAAAAGAAAAACCAAGGCGUGCUGGAGUGUUGAUUCCUAAUGAAGAUAUUGAACUGCUUGAGAAAGAUCCCACAUUUGAAACAAGAGAUGAUGUUUCCUUGAUGCCUGUCAAAUGGGCAACAAGAGCGGUCUUGCUUAAUGACAUGAAGAUGUUGAAAGAAGUCAUUGAUGACAGAGAAAAUGUUUAUUCAGUUCAUUGGCCAAGAAGUCCCGAGAUUCAGCUGGGUGCAAUACAUUAUGCACUUCUAAACCAAAACCAUGAGGCAUUGAAACUCUUGCUGACAGAUUUAAAAAGUCUAAGUACAUCAGAGCCAUAUCUACCACGCAAAAACGAACCUACAGUGAGUCUUGAUCGCAUGGAUACAGGAACAUACAACUUUUACACCUUUGGUCAUGUAGUAAGAGAUCUAUAUUCAAGCAGAGGAUCCAGACAAGGCAAUAAUGCUUUUCUUGAAGAUGAGACUAAAUUUGGUGGAAGGGGCCAUGAUCUGUCUGAACUUCUCCACUUCUGCUUCAAAAAGGGAGUUCCUCUGGAGACAGUGAAAGUGCUUAUGAGUGAAGUGUGUGCAUUGGAAAGAUCAACACUUCAUGAGGCAGAACAGGAAGGUAUCAACUGUGUCUGGGUAGCCAUCAGAAGUGGAAACAGAAAAGUGGCUGGCUAUUUUGUUGAUAAGGGUGUGGACAAAUUUGGAUUUGGUUUCAACUUUUUGCACAAGGAGGUUUUGUUGAAUGAUAAUCAGGAGCUUUCCAAGUUUAGAAGCCAGUCUGUCAAGAAAAAGCCCAUGGAAAAUAAAGUUAUCUUGCCAAUCCAUGCUGCCUGCAUUAAUCCAAAUGAAGAUUACCUCAAAGCUUUGUUAAACUCAGUACCAGAGUACAGUAUUCCUGACAAAGAUGGCUUCAAACCAGUGCAUUAUGCUGCAGCAUGUGAAGGUCCAGGCCCCUUGAAGGUGUUACUAGCAAGAGGAGCUGAUCCAAAUGACCCUGGACCUAAAGGUUUGACACCUCUAAUGAUUGCUUGUAAGCAUGGACGAGAAGAGAAUGUGAAAGAGCUGUUAGCAAGUGACAAUCAGGCUGAUGGUGAUGGUGAUGGUGAUGAUGAAGAAGAAUCUGGAGCAGUUGUGGCGCCUAGGGUUGCAAUUGAUAUCAAGAACAAACACUCUGUGGCUGCAAUCCACUAUGCUGCUAAGCAUGGGCACUUGGACAUAGUCAAGUUGGUUGUUACUGCAGGUGGCAAUGUUGACCUUCAGACUGGUGCAGCAAGAGGAAACAUGUCACCACUGAUGCUGGCUGCUGCUAGAGGACAUCUAGAUACUGUAAAAGAACUUGUUAAACUCAAAGCUUCACCUGAUAAAAGAGGAAAGUGGAAGAAGACACCCCUUAUGUAUGCUGUAAAGAAUGGCCACUCCCCAGUUGCAGCAUAUCUCCUGAGGCUUGGUGUUGAUCCAUGUGCUGCAGACACAUCUGGGAAUACUCCAGUGCACUACGCAGCAGCUUAUGGCUGGCUACAUUGCUUAAAGAUGCUGAUACAAGCUGGAGGGGAUCCUAAUGCAGCCAACCAGUGGAAGGUCACUCCUUUGGCUAUAGCACUCAUGAAAGAUCAAAUCCCUUGUGCUGAUUAUCUCCUCAGUUUGGAAAAUGUGGAUGUAAAUUUUCCAGAUGACUGUGGCCGAACAUUACUCUGUCAAAAGCUCAACUGUUCAACCCUCAAUGAGACCUUGUUACAGAUGGUGACAUUUCUUAUUGACAAGAAAGGAGCUGAUAUCAACAAAGCUGAUAUUGAACAAUGCUCACCUCUUCAUUAUUUGGCUGCUAACUCCAUUUUUCAAAGUGGAAAUUGGGAUGGGGACUUGGGAUACACCAAACCACCACUACUGAAGAUGAAUCUUGCUGAUGUUUCAUGCAAGCUUGCUAAGCUCUUUGUGUCAGCUGGAGCAGAUCUGAAUGCUCUCAACAAAGAGGGGCAAACACCACUUAUGGUUGCUGUCUUGCAGAACAAUUUCCCUCUGAUUGAGACAUUGUUAGACUUGGGAGCUGAUGGUUCGGUGGGAAAAACUAACACGAAUGGUUCUCAAGUGCUGCAUUUGCAAGCAGAAAAGGCUGAUGAUAUCGACCUAUCAGAGCUGUACCCAGAUGCCACAGUUACUUUAUCUGGUAACAAAUGGGAGCAGCGGGAACAGCUACAGAAGCAUUGGAAAUCGUUAGUCAUGAGAGCAAGCAAUGAAAUGAUUGAGAAAUUAAUUGCUGGAGGUGCAGAAGUAAAUUGCAUCAGAUCAGAUGGACUCACGCCCCUUAUGGUUGCUCUUUCAGAGUCAUAUAUGGAUCAGUUUUCAAUGCUUCUGGAUCAUGAGGCAGAUCCCAGCAUAGGACUGGAGACGACUGGGAGAAACGUCAUGCAUAUGUUAGCCUCCGAAUGCAGUGAGCAUGACAUGAGGACUUACAUGAAGACAAUCCUGAGGAAGACCCGUCCAGAAAACCUUAAUCAGAUGGCCAAUGCGGUUGAUAACAAUGGCUUCACACCUCUCCUGCAAGCUUGUGAGACAGUAGCUUCAUCUCCACCCAGUAAGGAAAGAAUUGAAUUUGUCAAGGAAUUUCUCAAGACUCUGAUUGACAAGUUUGGCUGUAACGUUAAAGCAAGAGUUGGAAAGAUAAACAAAGCCUCAGAUGCACACUUGAGGGAUCCUGAAACAUUUGGUUUGAAAAAAGACCAAGGUAAACAAGUGGAGUCGGAAAGAAAGCCUAGCUCGUGGAGCGAUGAUGACAGUAACACUGUUAUGGACGAUGACGAUGAUAACAGUGUUGAUUUCAGUGAUGAUAUGGAUGUCGAUGAAAGUGACAUUGAUGGAAAUCAUUUUCCUUCGGAUGGUGAAAAAGACGUCAAUCCUAACGAAAAAGACUCUGCAGAAGAUUAUGGUGUAACAGGACUCUUCUCCUGCCUUCACUUUCUCGUUUAUGAGAGCUGGAAUUUCUAUUCAUUUUUGGAGUUAAUUCUUGGAUAUGUGAAAGGAGACCAGUCGCUUAUCAACUCCUUUGACUGUCAUGGGCGUACGCCUCUUCAUUUAGCAGUGAAGUGGGGAAAUACAGGAGCUGCUAAACUAAUGAUUGAGUAUGGUGCUGAUGUAAACAUAAAGUCGCUGAAUGUAAAAGAAGAUGGACUUUCGACGUCUUUGGUUCUGGCUGCAAGGCCAGCAAACGUAUCUCUCGUCAUCCUUCAAGCCUUGUUAGAUGCUAAAGCAGAUCCUAAUGUUGUUGAUGACACUGGACGUACUGCUUUGUCAUGGGCAGUCACCAACCAACCUGACACCAACUCUACGCCUCUAAAGCUUUGCAAAGCCUUGCUUGAAGCUGACGCUGAAGUGAACACCGCAGACACCAAGAAGCGCUCUCCUCUUCAUUACUCUGUCAACUGCACCACUGGAGGCUUUGAGACACUCACGGAGGUGGAGGACUUGCUGAUCAAGUACGGAGCUAACACGGUGGCGCUAGAUUUACAUGAAAGGAUUCCUCUUCAUUAUGGGUUUGUGAAAAUGGGCAACAGGCACACUGAUUAUAGUAUGUCCGAUCCAAUAUCUAUCGUGAGCCUGCUGUGUGAGGCAAUGGCUGAACAGGGAAAGGAUGUUAAGGCGCAAGUGAAUCAUCGCGAUAAGUUUGGGCAGACUCCGCUACACAGGGCAGCACUCAGAGGUGCAACGAUUUGCGCAUUAAAUCUACUUCAGAAAGGAGCAUCUCUGGAGAUAAAAGACAACGACGGCAACACUGCUUUGUCGCUGGCUCUGCGCGAGAGUCAUGAUGGCUGUGCCAUGAUGUUUAUGCAGAGUAACGCACCAGCAUCCUGUUCUGUUAUAAAGCCUCUUACUCCUCAGGACUGGAUAGACUAUGAAAAAGAGAAGGAAAAGUGUAAGUGGGUAUGGGAAAAUGUUGUUGACUUGAAGGAACCCAAACCUGACAUAAGGACAGCUUUCCGUGUUGUCGUUGACAACAACUGGCAAGGAAUCGCUUACUUGAUGCUUGAAGUAGCUGGUCUGGACUUUGUGGAAGCUAUACAGGCAACGCUGGAAUCCAACAAGCUGGACCUUGCGUGGACACUGCUCAGAAAACAGAGAAAAGAUGCGUCUCUACAGAAACUUGACAAGAAGGACCGCAACCUUCUGCAUUUGUUAGCUAUUCAUUCUGCAAAACUGUGGACACAGGUGGUGGAAGAGAUAGCCAAUUAUCUUGUUCGGAGGGGAGUCCCUGCUGAUGCUGUUGAUUCGCAAGGCGCGACACCUUUGCAUUACGCGGCAUGUAAUCACAACUUAGCCUUCUGCAGGUUUUUGUGGGAACAUUCUCCUUCUUCUGUGGACGUAGCCGACAAUGAUGGUGUGACUCCAUUUGCCGCCGUGUUCUCCAAAACAGACACUGGAAUCAUAACACUUGUUGAGUUCUUUGUGAGCCCAUCAACGUGUAAUGUGAAGAAUUUGGAUGUGUGUUACAAAGUCAGGGAUAACAAUGAAGGAGACAGCGGCGACACCACAACUCCUUUGAUAGAGGCUACAGUGUCACUCAGUGAGAAAGUUGUUGUUGAUCUGCUGAGACAUGGAGCUUCCGUCAAUUUUCCGAAGCACAAUGGUCGCACAGCAGUCAUGGAAGCUGUACGUAACAACACGGUUGACAUGGUGAAAGUACUGAUGUUUGGCACAGAUGACAGGACCAUUUGGGCGACAAAAGAGACAACUGAUGUUGAUCUCGCGUUACAAGAUGAAGACGGGAAGUCUGUUAUACACCAUUGUGUCAACAACAGAAAGUAUGGAUCGGCAGAAAAUGUUGAUUUACUAAGAUUUCUGGCCGGCUUUGACGCACCACUUGCACUUAGAGACUCUGAGGGUCAUACACCUUUGUACUACGCUAAACGACAGGGGUCUGGAGUCAUGAGAAAAGUAUUGGAAGAACUUCUUCGAGAAGAGGAGGCUCGUAAGGACACAGAGGAGCCAAUGGAAGUUGACUUGGGAUUUACUUUUGUCACGUCCAGCGAUGAUUUGUGGGAAGGUCCAACACCGGACCCGAAAGCUGAUGCAGAAAACAUGCUCCAAGAAGCCAAAAGACAAGAAAAGCCUGCUGAUGAUGACGACGACGAUGAAGUUGGUGUAGACCCAGCUUUCAGAAUGGAGGGCGCAGGGAAAGUUUAUGUCGACCCUGAAACAAAUGUCCCUUACAACAUCCUCAUGUCCAAAGUAGAUGUCAAGUAUGGAAUGUUCGGAUUAAAUAACUUCUACAAGAUGCAGAUUAUCUACCACAAAGCUAAGGAGUUGUGGGUGUUAUUUAAUCGCUGGGGGCGUGUUGGAGACAAAGGACAACAUCAGAGAACACCUUAUAAUGAUGCACACAUGGCUACGGCCGAGUUUAAAAAGAUUUUCAAGAGCAAGACUGGAAAUGAGUGGGAAAACAAAGACGAAUUUCAGAAAAAACCUAAGAAGUAUGCCUUGGUGAUGCCAGAAAAGAAUCCUGAGAACAAACGACAGCAAGUGAGCGAGGUUCUAAAACCAUUUGAGCUGACUAAGUGUCCUGCAUCACGCCUGAGUAAAGAGCUACAGUCGUUCAUGAAGAACAUUACCGAUGUUGCGUUGCUUAAGUCCUCAAUGGAUUAUGGUUCGUUUAGACUCGAUCUCGACUACAUGCCAUUUGGAAGACUCUCCAACGAAACUAUUGAGAAGGCUCGUGAAAUACUGAGAGAAAUUAAAGCUAUUGUGGACACCAUCGACCGAUUUAAUCUGGAAGGAACAGAAGAGAAAUUUGAAAAGGUUGCCGAGCUUAGUAACACAUAUUAUAUGUUGAUGCCAAUGGCAAGGUAUACAUAUGAACGGAUAAAACCGCUGAAUGAAGCUUCAGACAUCGAGACUCACCUGACUGCUCUUUACAAUUUGACUGAACUGGCUCUUGCCAGCAAGAUCUUGCUAGGUGCACAAUAUAAGACUAAAGAGAUAAAUCCGUUGGAUUACGUGUACAAAUCCCUUGGAUGUCGCAUAGAAUUGUUGGAUCCAACCUCUGAUGAAUGUCAGCUUAUACUGGAGUACAUACAUAACUCACGUGGUUGCCAAAGCUUUGAAGUUAACGGUAUUUUCAGGGUCUCUCGUUCUGGAGAGGCCGACCGAUUUGAAUCCUGUGGAGUGCCUGGUAACCACCGCCUGCUAUGGCAUGGCACCAAUACAGUCAACAUGAUAGGUAUCCUAAAACAAGGCCUCAGAAUUGCUCCUCCAGAGGCUCCCUGCUCAGGGUGGUCCUUAGGAAAGGGAAUCUACACAUCUGACAGCCUGGACAAGAGUAUGGGUUACGUGAGUCGUAGAAGAGAUGGGGCUGCAUUUGUCUUUCUUUGUGAGGUUGCCCUUGGUAACGUGAAAAGCGUAGACGAUCGUGAUUAUUACGAGACUGCGCCCGAGGGAUUUGACAGCGUGUUAUUGGCCAGCAGAGAGGUCCCGGAUCCAAGCGAAGAUGUCACCACUCCAUACGGUGCUGUAGUCCCUGCAGGAGUGCGUAUCACGCAGAACAAGGAAAUUUAUAAUAACCAUAGCGAGUAUGUUGUGUACAAGGAGUCCCAAGUCUUGAUUCGUUACAUAGUGCAACUGAAGACUACACGACGGACUUAUCAGUCAUACAGAUAUCGAUUUUAAAACCAAGAGUAUCUUUUCUGGGAUAAAACUGCAUCGAGCAACAUGACAUAUAUCUAGCGUAAGAGAAGCAAUGGGGUAACCUUAAAUUACUAAAGGGGGACAACGUUUUUAAGAAACUGUGGUGCUCCCUCGGCAAGGGAUAUUAAAAGGUAAUUAGGCUUUAUCAACUGAAUUGAUACUGUAAAUUGGCUACCGUAAAGAGUUUUUUUUAAAGCUGGCUAAUUUGCUUUCUUCUCUGAAAGUUAUAACUUCAGCCUUUUUGUUCGGUUAAGUGUCAAUUUUAGCUUUUCAUUCUUUGGCGAUAUAUUUACCCCAAUUGUCAAUCGAGUCCGUCAUCUUUCUUCGGUUUUUGAAACCACUGACUAGGCUUGUUCUCUUCCCGAAACAAACUCUAUCUAAAUAUAUUAAUCCUUAAGUUUUAUCAACACAUUAUCCUAAACCAAGUAGUUCUUGUGUCAUUGUGCUGCUUUUUAAAGAACAGUUCAUUGACAAAGGAUUAUUAUACCUUAGAUUUCUCCUCUAAAGUGUCGUAAAUCAGUCAUUCAAAGCAUUCCCUUUUACCUUUCAGUUUCGAAUAUUAGACGUUGAGCCCAUUAAGGAAAGCAGAAUUCAACUCAUAGUUUUUAUGAUUUCACUUUAUGUUUUAAGAUCUUCAGUAAUAACUUUUAGAAUUUAGUUGGUGGUCUUAAAUGAAAAUAGAAUGGUAUAUAAUUUUACAUGAAUCUCAACAAUUGUAGCAAACUUACGAGCUGAGCAAAAUAAGAAUUUAAUCUCCGAGACCCAUAAUGCAGGUGAUCAAAAAUUGAUAUUUAAAAAGAUUUUGAUUGUUCAUCGUGGAAAGCGCAAUAAUUAUUUAGUAUUAUCGAUUGCCUCACGAUGUAGUCACUUUUGGGAUGACACUGUGACACCGUUAGAGAUACAAUCCGACAGUAAGAUUUAUAAUUAGGUACUUAUUUUACCAAGUUAUGUGAGUCAGAAUCUCUUGUUUUUCCUUUUUUGGAUUUAUUAUUAUCAUUAUUUUUUUUUAUAUCUUUAGUGCUCUGUUUUAGCGUAUUUACAAUUGUGUUUCUUAACUUAUUCAUCUGAAGGAAUUGUCUUAAAUCCGGAUACAAAAAUAGCCAUGAAUCGAAAACUUAGGGAAGAUUGACUAAUAAAACGAAAAGAAAGUGAAUUAACCUUG